GGGUAUUGAGGUCAAGGGUAAGCAAGAUGGCUGCGUUCAGAGAACAGAGAGAAUGUAGGACAUAACAGAUAUUUUAAAAGACGUUAUUUUGUACAGCUGUCAAGUGUGUAAUUAAAAUGAUAUUGUAAAAUAUUUAUAUUACUUAUUUAGAAAAUUACAUUAUAACAGCCUGGUCUUUCCUUUAAGGGUUUAGAUAUUAACCCUUCAGUGUUACUCCAGCUCCGGUCAAUUAUAUCCCAGUUAGCAUGUCGGCAAAAAACGUUUGGACUCGCAGCCGGGACAGGAUGAGACGGUUCCCGGAACUGCUGGCUCAGUGUUCCUCGGAGGCAGCCGCUUAUGGGAGAUGUGUGUCUUCCGCGACGCUUGGCAAGCAGGACCUGAGGAAGGGUCAGUGCGGGAGGGAGUUUGAAGCGCUGAAGAGGUGUUGUGUGGCUGUCGCCAAGAGAAAUGUAAAAUAGGACAGUCCUCCCACUGUUACGUGUGAAGACAUGGAGGAAGAACUUGUUUUCUUCAACUGAAGCAAAGCC